AUGUCAUUAAAAAACCACCCACAGCUAGAUGAUAUCAAAUACUCUGGCAACAAAUCUUCUAGAAAUCACAUCUUUGGUAAUCACAGUGAUAGUGAUGACGACGAUGACAUUGAUCAGAGCUUCAUGACUGCGAAGAGUGCUUUACCCGAUGAGGGUGAUGAGGAUGAUGAGGAUGAACAGCAACAGCAAUCGCAGCCUUUUGGUAUCGUUGAAAGCGACGACGAUGAUGAUAAUCCAGACUCAGAUGACGAUAACAUUGGCUCGGAUAACAACGCCCAUGAUGCUCACGAUGCUCACGAUGCUCACGACUCCCAGGAACACCAGGACCCACAAGAAUCCCUCCAAGAAUCCCUCCAAUACUCUCAAAACCUCGAUAAACAGCGUGGUCUUGCUGUUAUUGCUCAAUUACAAGCAUACGAUAAGCUACUCGAAAUGCGUAUUGGUAUACAGAAAGCUGUAAAUCAAGUUAAUGUCAUUUGCGCAGAUGAAGAUAAUGACUUUGUUACCGGAAAUGAAGAUGAUAUUCAAUCAACUCUGUCCUCCCUAAAUGAGCUCACUGAGAGUUUGUUUAGUAUACGUGAAAAAUUUAUCAAAUAUGACUCAAAUACGUCGAUUCCACCACGUAAAAGAGUGCGAUUGGAUGAUACUAUUAUUUCCAAUGAUUCUACUAUCAAAGAAUAUCCCCAACAAGCUGCACAAGAUUCUUUUAAUUUAGCAAACAGCUACGAGCCUCACCUGAUCGACACACUCAAAACAACAUCCAAUAAAGUAUCUCUCGCUUCAACUAAAGGUUUCUCUGCAGUGAGCAAAGAUGCUUGGUCGCAAGUGGAGGAUGUUAUGCGAGAAUUACCCAAACUGAGAAGUAGAGUUGGUGUUAGAAGGGGAAACAACGCCACAACUGGUCAAUUUGAGGCUGAAGUGUUUGAUGAUGGUGACUUUUACCAAACACUCUUGAAGGAGAUAAUAGAAAGCAAAACAGGUGAAGCCAACCCAGAGCAACCACUCAAACCCAACAAAAAUAAAGUAAAAAAGGAUAUCGAUACGAGGGCAACGAAAGGGAGAAAGAUCAAAUACAAUGUCCACGACAAACUGCAAAAUUUCAUGGUACCCAUACCACCAUCUAAAGAAGCCUGGCCAGAUUCACAGAUUAGUGAACUAUUCUCUAGUCUAAUGGGUCGUGAUGCAGAUGUAUCUCAACCAGCAUCCCAGCCAAUUGGAAAUUUAAAAUUAUUUUAG